UCCCCACCAGGGGAAGUUUGUAAUGGUGGUUUGUCAUUUAUCCGAGGUAUUGGGUUAGUGCCGUCGAGAUUGGUGAAAAACAUUAAUGUUUAGACUGAGUGGUAUGCAGUUGAGUGGAAAAUGUGAUCGCAUUUAAUUCACGAACGUCAGGUUUCGCGAAAAUCUGUUGAAAAAUAAAAAAUAAGUAGGAGAGUAAAGACGGACGAAAAGUGAGCUCGAAGUACCACGCAACGGCCAAGUAUGGCUGCUGACAAUAAUUCUGGGGGUGCACCCCGAAUCAUGGUAUUCAGGCCAACUUACGAGGAGUUCAAAGACUUCAGCAAGUACAUUGUGCAUAUGGAAAGCAAAGGGGCGCAUAAAGCAGGGAUAGCAAAAGUUAUACCGCCACCUGAGUGGGUUCCGAGAAAAUCGGGCUACCAGUUGGAGGACCUCGACAUAACGAUACCAGCUCCGAUUUGCCAGGUAGUUGAUGGCAAGCAGGGGCUCUACCAGCAGAUAAAUAUACAAAAGAAAUCAAUGACGGUAAAGGAUUACAGCAAGCUUGCAAACUCGGAAAGGUACAGCACUCCGAAACAUUUUGACUAUGAAGAUCUUGAGAGGAAAUACUGGAAGAAUAUAACUUACGUUGCUCCGAUCUAUGGCGCCGAUGUCUCAGGGUCGCUCACUGACCCGGAAGUCAAGGAAUGGAACAUCAACCACCUCGGCACGAUUCUCGACUAUGUUAAUAAAGACUAUGGAAUAUCCAUUGACGGUGUCAACACCGCUUAUCUCUACUUCGGCAUGUGGAAAACCACUUUUGCCUGGCACACAGAAGACAUGGAUCUAUAUUCUAUUAACUAUUUACACUUUGGUGCGCCCAAAACUUGGUACGCUAUUCCGCCUGAACACGGGCGCAGGCUGGAGCGAUUGGCCAAUGGUUUUUUUCCAUCCAGUUACCAGAGCUGCCAGGCUUUCCUGAGACACAAAAUGUCCCUCAUUUCACCACAGAUAUUGAAGCAGUACUCAAUUCCUUACAAUAAGAUAACUCAAGAGGAAGGAGAGAUCAUGAUCACAUUUCCCUAUGGCUAUCACGCAGGCUUCAAUCACGGUUUUAAUUGCGCCGAAUCAACUAAUUUUGCCACACCUAGAUGGGUCGAGUAUGGAAAAAGAGCUACGCAAUGCUCCUGCAGCAAGGAUAUGGUCAAGAUAUCAAUGGACACGUUCGUUAAACGAUUCCAACCAGAAAGGUAUGAGCUGUGGCUUCGCGGAGAGGACAUGGGGUCGCAUCCGGAAGAUCCACGUCAGACAGCGGCUCCGCUUCCAUCCCAAAUGGAUUUACUCUGCGGUAAUAACAGCAAUGGGCAGUUGCCCCAAAGCUACUUGGAUGCUCCCAAGAACAAAAGACAUCCCAUUCACCGCAAAAAAAACAUAGCUGGGACAAAUCCGCAUGUUAAUAUGGCAGACUUAGCCAAUCGCCCUGACAUACCUCCGGACGUCAAGAGAGUACUGCAGGAUAUGGAAUUGGAGGAAUCUGAGGAGCCUGCGCCUGAUGAACAGCAACUGCAAGUCCUCGAAGAUAUAUGGUUGAAAGCCGGUGAGAUGGAUGUGAACGAGGCAACAGUUUACGACGAAGGGUAUGGUUACAAUCGUAAGAAAAACCGAAAACGAAAGAAGAAACAACCAAAUAAUCUGGACAAUUCUGGCAAACGUAAGUCCAAGACGAAGAAGAAUUCGAGUAAAUUAAUUCCCUCUUCGUAUGCCGCGAGCAACUCGGAAUCUGAAAUGAAACAUAGCGAUAUAAUGAAUAUUAUUGAAGCUUCUGUUCCGUGUCUUGUGCUGACCAAUAUCAAGGGCAAGAAUCCGGAAAUUUUAAACCAAUCCAAAAAAAGCAACGACAGUAACAUCGAUGUCACAAUAGAGAAUGUCAUUAAAGACAAUGAGAACGAGUCUGUAGGCAACCAAGCUAGCGACACCCCUGACGAUUCUGAGCUUGCAGUGAAACCGACCAAGCAGAAAAGGAAAUACGUCAAACACGGUGAAUCUAAGAAGGUUAAACAGAAACAUGGUUGCAAGGGUAAACACAGAGCAAAUAUUCCAUUACUCACAGCCAUGGAACCCCUGGAUAUUUCCGACAUAAGUGUACAGCGGAAACUCACUUCGAUGCCAAGUCUAAAAGCGCCCAAUAUAAAAGACAUGUCCAUCGGUCAAAGUAAGGUCAACUCCUUACCUGGAAAUAUUAUUUCGGUUGGAAAUGAAUUCAGCAUGACCACCAUGAGGAAUAAAACUGUGGUCAAUAUCACAAAUGGAGGACAAGUACAGAGUUCUAGUCACAUCAUGGGAAAGGAUUUGGAUAAGGCUAUAGAGAGAUACAACGAAGGUAUUUCAAAACUUGCAGAGAGCAAGGGAAAUUUUGCAGAAGCAAUACAUAUAGAUACUCUAGAAAAUACGAGCAGCUCAUUCACCAGCUCGUAUCCAAACUCGGCUGGUGGUUCGCGCGAGUUUUCAAUGACUUCAGCUACCCUGACGGAUAACAUUUCAGGAGCGACGGUUUCAUCUCAAGUGAAGCCUGGUCGAAAUACAGCUCGUAAAAAUAUAUUGAAGGCUUCGAAACUGACUCCCGCGAUAUUGAAGUCGUCGGCCGCGAAGAGGAAUCAACCACCCAUAAAAACGGAGAACACGGUGAAGUCCGAGGAAGAAAAGGACAUCUCAAAUGCAGCAGACGGGCUCUUGGUUCUGCAACAAAAUUCUUGGGAAGCUAUUCAAAAGAAUUCUAACCCUCCGAUUACAUACAUCAGCGUCGGGAGUCCUGAGCCCAGAGAUACGCCUCCAGAGUUGAGUCCACAGACCAGUUUGGCUGCGAGUAAACCACAAAAUCUACCGUUCAGAACGAUGGCGCAACCCCCGUGCUCCAUGACUUCGGGGAAUAGAGAGUUGAAGGAUGUAAACGUGACAGUAAAAGUUGAAAAUCGAGACUCGCCAUUGAACGAAAGAGCGCAGUGCACUGGCAUGGAAAUUAAAAGGUCUCCUAAUGACAUAAUGACCACGUACAACAUAUCGGCGUUAGAGAGAUAUAUGCAAGGUGGUACAUCAAGGAGUGUUCAAUUACAAGGUUCAAAACUUGUCAGACCUGUACAACAAGGCACAAAAAUUAUUCAAAUGUCAAACGGUGCAAAAAUGUUUGUGCCUGAUAAGCAGGAGACUAGAAUACUUUACGGCAACGAUUUUAAGCGAAAGCCACCAAAGCUGCAGAACCAAAGUAUUAUCCAGACUGCUACCAAUUGUGCAAGUUUGAAGCCACCCAUUCUGUCUUGUUCGGAAACAACAAUUACCAAAGUAAUCACGACUAAUUCACCUCGCACAAUGUCCAGCUGCUCUUCUCCGUCGGUAACAAAAUCUAGUAGAGCUACACUGACGUCGCCAACAUGCUCUGGUAAUUCUUUUAGAACUGGCAGUCUAUCAUCGAACUUCUCCAAUAAUAGCGAAACUAAAUCAGGCAAUGAGAACUCAGUUUUGCUUGAGCUGAUUACAAGUCCAUUGGAUUCAAGUCAAAAUUACCUUUCCAAUCAGUCUAUUCAACACAAGUCAUCUUAUAAUGAUGAUUCUAGCGAAACUAGUAUCAGAAAUAUGUUGCAGUCGUAUAAUUCUAUGACGAGAAAUCAGCAGAGCAUAAUUCUGGGUCAGGAAGAUUUGGAGUCUUUGGCAAAUGAGCAGUGCAUGCAGAAUGUAUUGGCAAACCUUGAUUCAGAUUUGAAAAUCUGUGAAUUGAAGGAAUCAAAGCUGCAGUCGAUGUGUGGAGACCUAUCAACGAAUAAGAUUGUAAACAUAAGUAAUCCACGUCUAACAAUAAUUUCUUCUAUCGGAGAAAACAAAACACCAGUUGGCAAAUGCCCACUGAAAACAACGAAAUCUCAUUCACCAGCUAAAAAAAGCCAGAAAGAGAAAGCAAAGGCAACAUGUGAAAAGAAGCAAAAUUCUCCUGCGAAAACUCAAGACAUCGCCAAGCCUCUGCCAGCAAACGUGGAAGAAUACAAUCAAUUGUCAAAUAUACCGAACAACUGCAGCAGCGAUCGAACACCAAAUUCACAACCUGUAAUACCAGGACAUAUGAUGGAAAUGUUAUAUCCAAGUGUUCCCGAUGACAAUCUACUCCAGGCCUUCAAUGACUACUGGAGUACGCAGGUUUCCCACUGUGCAAUUUGCUCCGCGUUUGCCUCAACGGCCACGGGCGGUGGCCGAGCAAUGACAUCCGAUUGGAAAUAUUGCACAACGAUCAAUUUACCAGACACUUCACCAAUUUGGGUAUCGUCUAGUAUUUUUGCUGCUAAUUCGAAGGAACAAGGCACGGAACCGGAGAAAAACAAAUUACUGAGCUGCAGAAAAUGUCACGUUACUGUUCAUGCUUCUUGCUAUGGAAUCAACGUCUUACCCACAGAUUUGCAGAACUGGGCUUGUGACAAAUGCAGAGCUGGUAUGGUACAUGUUAUGUGCUGCUUGUGUCCUAUGCGAGGCGGUGCAGUAAAGCGAACUAGCGACGGUAGAUGGGCUCACAUUUUGUGUGCCCUUUUACUGCCGGGUGUCACCUUCAAAGAUCCAAUCAACAAGGAUCCCAUCAACGUCCUGACAAUUAAAAUUGAAUUGUUGAAACAACAGUGCGGAUGUUGCGGUCAACGAGACGGAGCUUGUCUCAGCUGCGAUCAUUGCGAGGCAUAUUUCCAUCCGUCUUGUGGUCUCAUAGCUGGCGCAACAUUUGCCAUACCAAUAUUUGAUUCCUACAAGUUACAGAUAUCCUGCCACAGGCACAAUAAUGAAAAGGAGAAAAUUCCAAUGGUGAGACAGGGAGAGGCGGUAUGGGCAAAGCAUCGCAAUUCCCGCUACUACAGAGCGAAAAUCGACUCCAUAAACGACACGCUCUUUUACAUGGUCACAUUCGAUGAUAACAGUUUUCGCGAUGACUUGUAUCCUUCGGAUAUCGUUAAACAAGAAUCGGGAAGUCAUCCUACAAUCGGAAGCUCAGUUAUGGUCAAGAGGCCAGACGGUCAACCGUACAAUGGUAUUUUUGAGGGCACAAAUCAUCGAAUCAUGUUCACGGUGGUCUUCGAGGACGGAUCUCAGUUGUUUCUAAAACGUACAGACAUCUACAGUCUGCAGGAAGAACUGCCUAAGCGAGUAAAAUCGAGAUUGUCAUUCGCAACCGACAUGAAGUAUCGGUAUCAUCUCUACGGCACCGAGGGUGAAUCAAAAACGGCGAGGAAAAUCAAACCGGUCAAGAGACACGAAUAAUCUUCAAUUAAUUUUUAUCUACCAUUAGAAAAAGAAAAAGAAAAACUGGCUCCAACCUCAGAUUAAUUUCCAAAUAUUUUUAUAAGAACUUCGAAGUUAUUCAAAUGAAAGUGAUCACAAUUAUUCAGUGAUAUUUAAACAGAAUUUUCUGAGUAUCCAAUAUAUGUACGCUAUGUUUUUUUUUUUUUUUUUUUGUACUAUACAACCCUCUAUGUCUGUUUGUUAGAUUAGAUGUUUUUAUAACACUGUCACGUAGGCUAAUGCAUGGCAUUUGAUAUCUCCUUAAAUUGGUGUAUGUGUAGUGUUAGAAAAUUUAUCAGAUCUGUAACGGAUAAUAUUACCAGUCUUUCUUAUCCGCUAUAGUACAUUCAUAGACUAAACACUUUAAUUAUUUAUUCUUCUAAAUGUCUAUUUAUCUGAUAGCUGAAUUUUGCUUUAAAUUGAAAAUUGAUAUUGUGGCAGUUUAAGUGAAAUAGCAAUCGAUUUUUGGGUUUGAAUUAAUUUGCAAUAUGAAUUAUUGAUUGCAGUGAUUCCUGGGAAAGGUGGUGGCUCGUUGAGUCAUAAAACGGUUUUUUAAAUGUCGUAUAGAUUAUUAUUAGUAUUUUCAUUUGAAUAACUUGAUAUUAAUUGAAUGGAUUCCUCGAAAAUAGAAUAUCGUAUGGAAUAAAUUGUGCUGAAUAGUAUUAAAGCAAUUAUCGAAGUGCACAUGUAUCGAGGUAUCAUUUUAAAAUGACAGACUGGAAUAUACCUAGAUAAUUAAUUAGUAUUCUAAUUCUUCAUCAGCGAAGCCCACCGAUUAAUUUGCAAUUGAAGGUAAUAAUUAAUUUAUACCAUUGGUGAAUAUAUUUUACCUAUUCUUGUCAUUUGUACCUGUAGAGAAACUUUAAGCUGUGAAUGAGUUUUAAAGAAGAACUAGAGCCAAUUAGAAAUACUGAAGAAUAAUCAAUUGCGUAUACUUGAAAGCCCGAAAUAGCCGAAAUAUAAAUAGAAUUGUGAUCCAAAUAUUGAGUCAGUUUAGUAUUUCUCAACUUUUACCCCAACAAUUGUUUGUUAAGAAACCUUCCAGCACAAAAUAGUGUACUGAUUUACAAGUGUUUCGAAAUCAAUUAUUUAUAUGUAUUUUCUGUAUAAACGUUACAGAGGAUCGAAUCGGAACGAGUUUCUUAUUGCGGUACCGGAUCACAGUCGUAAACAUCAAAGUUGAAAGCGUUUAGAAUACGAAUUGCAAUUGAAGGCAAACAGACAUUAACACGAGAAAUAAAUUCGUUAUACAGAAAAUAUCACUAUUUACUUUCUUCUUUACAAUUAAAAGGGA